UUUUAAAUUUCCAUUACUACUUGUUGCUGUAAUAUCCCAAUUUUUUCUUUUUUAAAAAGAAAAAUAUAAAUAGAGUGAGUCAAUCGGAAUUCAAAUCUGCUCCGUGAGACUUCGAUUCAAUCCAGAUCGGAGUAGAGAGCUGCCCAGAGCCCUCCUAGAUGGCGAUACUCUACGCCGUUGUUGCUCGCGGCACCGUCGUCCUUGCCGAGUUCAGCGCCGUCACCGGCAACACAGGCGCCGUCGCUCGCCGUAUCCUAGAGAAGCUCCCGCCCAACGCCGAUUCCAGGGUUUGCUUCUCUCAGGAUCGCUACAUCUUCCACAUACUCACCCUCGACGGCCUCACCUUCCUCUGCAUGGCCAACGACACCUUCGGCAGGAGGAUUCCGUUUGCGUACUUGGAGGACGUGCAUAUGAGAUUCAUGAAGAAUUACGGCAGAGUUGCGGCGUAUGCGCCGGCGUAUGCGAUGAAUGAUGAGUUUUCGAGAGUGCUUCACCAGCAGAUGGAGUUUUUCUCUAGUAAUCCUAGUGCUGAUACUCUCAAUCGUGUGAGAGGCGAAGUCGGUGAGAUACGAACUAUAAUGGUUGACAAUAUUGAGAAGAUAUUGGAGAGAGGCGACCGAAUUGAACUUCUUGUUGACAAAACUGCAACUAUGCAAGACAGUGCAUUUCACUUCAAGAAACAGUCCAAACGCCUUCGUCAAGCACUAUGGAUGAAAAAUGCCAAACUCUUGGCUCUGUUGACAUGCUUGAUUGUUGUGUUCCUGUACAUUAUCAUUGCUGCUUGUUGUGGAGGAAUUACGUUACCGUCCUGCAGAUCUUGAUUAAUUCAUUUUGUGUAUGUAACAAAGACUGUUAAGAUGAACUCUGUCGGUCUUUAAUCAAAGGGAUUUAUGUGCUUAAAAACAUUUUCUUUUUUGAGGUGUAUAUGGAAGUAAAUGAUUUGUAGCUUGCAAUAAUUCUUUGCAACUUGGAGUGUCUGGUUUCUCAAAAGGCCUGUGCAGUUGUUCUUU